AUGGUGCUGACAAGGUUUGCAUUGGCAGCAUGCAUCCUAACAUCCAGAAAACACCAAGAUGGCAUUAGCAAGCUCAUCUACAAGUCAGACCUUGACAAACUGAAGAACAAAGAUAGCACCAGGAAGUUGGAUGAUAUGCUCCAUUCUCUGUGGACAGAAGCCCAGAAGGUAUCAAACACAGAGCUUGCCUACAUUGCCUUUGGCAAGGCAGCUGUCAGAAUGACACUGCAUGCCCUGAGCAAACAGAAGAUUGCCAAACAGGAGUCCUAUGACAGCUUUGAAGAGAUUGUAGAACAGUUUCAAGCUGAUUUGGUGUCACCUGCCAGCAGCACUGUGAAGGCUACCAGUGCUUCUGCAGUGUCCACAGAUGAGACUUCAGUUCAAGACCUUGUCAACUGCAGCAGCCAAACUGUGGCCUUGUUCCAAAACAAUCACAUUAAGCUCAAUGAAAAGUACACUUGCCCUUCCCAGUAUGAGGACAAAAUCUUCAUCCUCAAGAGCAUUGAUGACACAGGGGCCCAUUUUCAGCACUCUCCUUUGUUUGGUGACCCUUUGAAGCAUUGCCAAGACUUGGCAUCCUUGAAACAGUGGAAGCAUACCAAAAGGGAGACUACUCAGCUCUGCCCUCCAGCUCUAUGUGCACAGAGAAUGGCCUACAACUUUCCAAGUGUGCAGAAGGAGGCAGACAAGAUGUAUGUGAAUGCAAUCCUGAUGGAAGCCUACAUGACCAACAAACUCAAAGAAGAUGAUAUGGUGAGCUUCACUUUGCACCCCAACAAUUUGGUGCUGAUGAAGAAAGCAAAAAAGAAAGAACUCAGGUUCUUUCCUGCUGGCACUUGCACAGCAGUACCAGAGAAGGAUCUGGACAAGAUAGUGGAGAAGAACAAAGCCACUUUGGUAUGGUACAAGAACAAGCCUUUCAAUGUUCAGCCUUUCAAAGCUGUGACCAGCUUGGAGAAGCCUGAGAAUGGCAUCUUUUGCCCAUUCUUUUGGGCAAAGGCUUCAGAAGAAGCUAGUGAGAUCAACCUGGCUACAGGUUGGGUGGACUUCAAACAGCUGAAGAUCCCAGUGCUGGAGAAUCCUGAUGGCAUCAGCCCUCAGACCCUGCUCUUCAAAUCUACUGAAGAGCACUUGGAAAUUGAACCACCUGCCAAAAAGGCAAAAACUGGCUGA